AUUAUGUCCUUCAGAGGCAUUUCUCAGUAAGCUCUAACAUUAACAGUUUCAAACCACCAUACCAUAAAAGGCUGACACUAGCAUUAAAAGGACACGUUAUUCAUUAUCAUCCAUGCUUGAAAAAAGUUGCCCAUCAUAGUGUCUGUGUCUGUGUGCGAUCUACCUGACUGUUUACUUUUGCCUGAUCUUUGUUGACAUAGUGUGACAGAGUGCCAAGUGAGUGGCGAGGAGAGCCAAUGGGAUGGCACCUAGCUUAUGAUAACUACAGCAGUAUUCCUGUUUUUACCACUUUAACACCAUCACUAAUAAUAGACCCACUACUGGGCACCACAAAGGCAGACCCUGGACACGUAAAAGGAGAAAAUACAAUCAAAACGGAGGACAACCGUUCGAGAUGGAAUCUUUACUGCAAGGCAGCCGCAUCCUAACCGAUGACUAGAAUCUCUCAAAAGACCUUCAGAGUUGACUGCGGAAGGAUCCAGCAAAGAGAGGGAGAGGACCUGACCAAACCAAACGGGGGGGUCGCUAUGGGGCUGUGGAACCGCACGGACGCGCCCAUCCUCCCCAACUGCACGCUGGACACCAGCUACCGCUUUCUGUACUACCAGGUGUCCUACAGCGUGAUCUUCGUGGUGGGCCUGGCCACCAACGCCGUGGCCUUCCGCCGCCUCUGGGUGUCCCCGCGCACCCUGACCAGCACCAGCGUCUACAUGACCAACCUGGCGGCCGCCGACCUCUUCUUCGUCAUCUCCCUGCCUCUACGCAUCUACUACUACCACCACAAGUCCGCCGACUCCACUUCCACUUCCUCAUCAUCCUCCUCCUCCUCCGCCGCCGCUGCCGGUGACUGGUCGCCAGGGAACGCGUUCUGCCAGCUGACUUUUACGCUGAAGUACAUCAGCCUGUACGGCGGCAUCUUCUUCCUGGUGUGCAUCGGCGUGGACCGCUACUUCGCCGUGGUGCACCCGCUGGCGCAGCGCCUGCGUCGGGUGCGGACCGCGCGGCUGGUCAGCGGCGCCAUCUGGUGCCUGGUGCUGGCGCUCAGCCUGGCGCUGCCCCUGCUCCGCUCGGCCGCCGCCGCGCAGCACGUCGCCCAGGCCUGCCUGCUGGACCCGUCCUCGCGCCAGAACCGGGCCUUCAUCCUGGCGGCGCUGGCCCUGGUGCAGGCGGCGUUCCAGCUGCCCGCACUGCUGCUGCUCUUUAGCUACUGCAGCGUGCUGAGGGUGCUCCGACGCCAGCCGCGCCGACGCGGCCGACAGCCCUCGCGCAACGGCCCGAGCCCGGGCAAACCACUACCGCAAAACCAACACCACCUCAACCUCCACCUCCAACACCACCUCCACCAGCAGCAUCAGCAGCAGCAUCAACACCUGCAACACCCGCAACACCAACAGCCGCGCAACCGGCACCGGCGCACGCUCACCGUCAUCUACUGGGUGCUGGGCGUGUUCCUGCUGUGCUUCACGCCCUACCACCUGAACCUGCUGGGCUACACGCUGACGCACGUGGGCGUGUUGCGGAGCUGCGCGCUGGCCAAGGCCACCAAGGCCCUGCACCCCGUGGUGCUGUCGCUGGCCAGCGCCAACUGCUGCUUCAACCCCCUGAUAUACUACGUGUCCAGCGGCCUGCCGCACAGGGACAUGCCCACCAGCGGGGCCAGCGGCAGUCAGUGAGGACGUGCGACGCUGG